CUGGCGUCACAUGCGCGAUAACGACUGUCAGGACGACAUAUCCGUGUGUGACACAUCUUCAUAUACACCGCUGUCUUCAUGUACCCGAUAAUAUAAAUAUCGGGACGUUGAUCACAAUAGGAGGGACAAAUUAUCUUCAAAUUCAUUGUAGAUAUAUGUGUCUGUAAUUACAAUGUCGUUGAGGGCAGUGUUGUGUUUAACGGUACUGUGUACUGUUACCAUGGUAACUGAUUCUACCAGAACGAAGACAAAGAAGGUUGGUGAACACUUGCAAUGGAUAACGAGGAACGCGGCAAAGGACACGUUUCCUAAAGAACAUGGAACAAACAUCAGUGAAAGUGACCUGUGCAUUGCGUGCAAGGUGCUUGCAGGCACUCUACAGAAAAUGGUGGUGAAAAUGCGACCCGAAGACGAAAUUGUGAAAACGAUGAUCUCAACAUGCAAAUAUUUCCACAUUGAAACGGACAGAGUGUGCUCCUACGUCAUACCUGAGUAUAAGGACAUGGCUAUGGCGGUAAUUCAGCAGACUGCCCUCAGCCCGAAUGACAUCUGCGGGUUGCUCCUGGGGCCGGACUGUGCCACGCCCUAUUUCCCCACAGAGAUGUGGAACAUCUCCCUCCCUGACACACCCAAACCACCGGUCAAACCUCCCCGACACCCUGCGCCGGGGUCCCCCAAGGUCAGGUUCCUCCAGCUGACAGACAUUCAUAUUGACCUGAUGUACCAAGAGGGAUCUAACGCCAUCUGCCACGAGCCCCUGUGUUGCCGUAGCAACGACGGCAAACCAGCGGCGGGUGUCCCAGGAGCGGGAAGAUGGGGUGACUCUCGCUCGUGUGACUCCCCACUCAUCCUUGUGGACAACCUGUUUCAGCACCUUGCCUCCAAGACAGACGAGUUUGACUUCGUGAUAUUCACGGGGGACAUCGCCGCUCAUGAUGUGUGGAAUCAAACCCGUAGCGAACAGAUAACAGCUCUAGAGCGACUGGUGUCCUACUUCGACAAGUACCUGCCGGGGAAACAGGUGUACUUCUGUGCCGGUAACCAUGACAGCGCCCCGUGUAACAGUUUCCCUCCGGAUUGGGUCACGGGCAAUAUGUCGCAGGAGUGGAUGUAUGCUUCUAUGGCAACACAGUGGGGUCGGUGGCUACCAUCUGACACGAAAGACACUAUUAUGAGAGGGGGUUUCUACACUUUCUCCCCAUUUCCCGGUUUCCGCAUCAUCUCAGUCAACAAUAUCUUCUGCUACAUCAACAACUGGUGGCUCUUCAUCAACACCACCGACCCGAACGGCGAAUUGCAGUGGCUGGCGGAGACGCUGCAGAAGGCGGAGGACGCUCAGGAGAAGGUGUUCAUCCUGGGUCACAUGCCCACCAACUGCAUGAAGGCUUGGAGCUGGAACUACUACAACAUAGUCAGCAGGUACGAGAGCACAAUCGUGGGUCAGUUUAACGGCCACACCCACACAGACGAAUUCCGCGUGUACUACGACGUCGCCAACCUCACCCGCCCUGUCAACGUGGCCUACGUGGGCGGGUCCGUGACGCCCAAGUCAAACAAAAACCCCAACUACAGGAUCUACACCAUGGAUGGCUUCUACACCAACUCCUCCUUCGCCGUGCUAGAUUAUGAGGAUUACAUCUUCGAUCUAGUUGCUAACAACAACGUCAGCACGAGUCCAUCAUGGAAGUUGGAAUAUAGCCCCUUGACUGACUACGGCAUGAACGGCAGCAACCCCGUCGACUGGAGCGACCUCAUCUACAGGAUGAGAGACGACGACGAACUCUUCAACAAAUUCCAUCGUCACAGAUCCAAAGGGGGAGACACCACUCCCUGCACACACGACUGUAAGUUCGAAGAGCUGUGUCUACUGAAGUCUGGAAGAUCGGAAGACCCGCGGCUGUGUGCCGACCUGUGAGGGGACGUUCCACGGGCGUGUAGCCGGCAGUGCCAGGUUCAACUCAUGUGUGCAAAUACCUGUACAAUCAGACUAUGCAAACUGUCCAAGAAGCGUCUUGUCCUAACUACCAACAUCAGCAAUAAGGAUGCUGCAAUAAUUAGAUUAACAUUAACCCAAACGGAAGUAUGAUUCAUAUAUUCAUGUACAGCACAGCUGUGGGAGGACAAAGAUUCUACACAUUGUAUGGUGAAUUUUACGGUAUAAUAAAUUGAAAUACCGGUCGGGAAAAAGAA